UCUCGCAAGCCUUUCGGUCAAUAUCGAUCCACCGAUCGGAGAUGGCCAGGGGGAGCUCGCAGUCGCAGACGGCGGCCUCGGCGGGGGGCGGGGCGCGGCCGGCCGGGGCGGUGCCACGUGGAACGCCGGCAGCUGCGGCGGGGAUGAGGCGCCGGCGGCUGGGCGGGGGCGGAGGGGGUGGCGGCUUCGCUGGCGGCGGCCCCGGUGGGGGGGCCAACAUGCUUCGGUUCUACACCGACGACGCGCCAGGGCUCAAGAUGACGCCUACGGUGGUGCUUGUGAUGAGCCUCUGCUUCAUCGGCUUCGUCACCGCGCUCCACGUCUUCGGCAAGCUCUACCGCCACCGGGCCGGCGGGGCUUGAUCCGACACUUCCGCCGCCUCCCGAUCCAUGGGCAUUCGCAGCUAGCCAACAUCUUUGUAUACUUUCCUUCCAAGUAUAAUUAUGUUUGAAGUGUACUCUGCUUGAACCAGUCUUCACAGGCAACCACAACAAUGAAGAAUUGUAAAGGUUAUCAAAAGGUUUGUCUCCUUCAGAAGUUUACUUGUGCCAAUUAAACCUUGCAUUUACAGCUCAAUACAAGUUUCAUUGUUGGUUGUGGUUCA